CGCAGCCUCUCCAAAAUGAAUGCCGGCGUUUCUAGCAUCGUCGCGGGGGAGGCGCUGCUGCGAACCUGCCUGCUGGACAAGGGCACGCAGCGACUGGUCCGGGCGACGUUCGGCGAAAAUACCUCCAUGGACAUGGUGGCGACGACCCUGCUCUCGUGCGGCUGCGCCCACGAGACCGAAAUCUACCCGGCCGACAACAAGCACUACGAGGCGGAGAACCUCUUCGGGCAUGCGCACAUGCUUCAGGGCGACACCAGCGGGGACAUGGUGUGCCCGGAGUAUUCCCACUCGGAGUGGGAAAACUGGUACGACGGAAUGCUGCGCUCCGGGAUGUUGUACCUCACGGGGCAGCAGCAGCAGCUGCUGGGCAACGCCUGCGUGCACGGGCAGCGCUGCCAUUUUUUCAUCAAGAACGGCCGCUGCACAAAAUCCCACACGGAGGCCGACAUGGUGGUCUUGCGGCGCAAGCGGGCGGAACGGCUGGCGCGGGAGGCGGCCGACAAGGAAAAGAAUCCGUGA